CACCAGCAAAUCCACAGUAGUAUCUCGAGUCUCUUCCUUUCCUUUCUCUUCGCCCGAUUUACACCAUCACUACUCCUCCUGUCCCUCGACGUUACCUCUGGCAGACGUCGACAUAUGUCGCGCUCGUACUCCCGGCUCGCACAGUUACAGAUACACACCUCGCACAAAGACAAAGAACCAGACACCUUCGGCCCGCACGGUUGUUACACACGCACUUCCAGUUUACGCGCACUUUACACGCACACACGCACAGACGAUAGCACACACGCGCAGCCCUUCUACUCCGUACCGUUCUGCCCCCCAAAGACACAGACGGACAGACUGGCAAGACAAGAGACAGACGACAGCCCAUGCCGAUAUCUGAAAGAGAGACACUACCAUCCACCACACGCGCCUCCUGGCAAGCACCAGCCCUCAAACGGUGCCAACGAUCGCCGAAAGUCUACAAGACCCCUGAGCCCGGUCGCACCGCUACUACCACCUUGGACCAAUCCGCACACUCUCCUGACGCCGUUAUCCCCUCUAAAGGCUGUGCCACCAAGAAAACCGGCCUAA